UAUUGCAGUUGAAGAUGGCGUUAUCCCCUUCCACCAUAACCAGAAGCUUCUAGUGGCAGCACAGACUCUCUCACCAUGGCGGCAGAAGCUGUUGCCUUGUCAUCAAAUACCGCGGCUUCACUCUGCAACUUCUCCGGUUCCAAUGGCGGUUCCUCCACCAGGCCGCUCCGUCUUUUCCUUCUUUCUCCCGCCACCUCCCUCCGUCGUCACCAUCACCAACACCGUAGUCUUACGUCUUCUUUCUUCGGAACUCAACGGCUUGCUCCGAAUAAAUCAAUUUCUCACUUCCAAAAGAGGAAUCUUUCGGUGUUUGCAAUGGCUGCUGCUCCUGAAGAUGGAAAGCGGGAGGUUCCUUUGAAGGACUAUCGUAAUAUCGGCAUUAUGGCUCACAUAGAUGCCGGAAAGACUACUACAACCGAACGUGUCCUUUUCUACACGGGUCGGAAUUACAAAAUCGGUGAGGUACACGAGGGUACCGCCACAAUGGACUGGAUGGAGCAAGAACAAGAGAGAGGAAUCACGAUAACUUCGGCUGCAACCACCACGUUUUGGAACAAACAUCGGAUUAACAUCAUCGAUACUCCUGGCCAUGUCGACUUCACACUUGAAGUCGAGCGAGCUCUCCGUGUUCUUGAUGGUGCCAUUUGUUUGUUUGAUAGUGUUGCUGGAGUUGAACCCCAAUCUGAGACGGUCUGGAGGCAGGCUGAUAAGUACGGGGUGCCGAGAAUUUGUUUCGUUAACAAAAUGGACCGAAUGGGGGCGAACUUCUUUAGAACCCGCGACAUGAUUAUUUCGAAUUUGGGUGCAAAACCACUUGUGCUCCAAAUCCCGAUUGGGGCAGAGGAGGUUUUCAAAGGGGUUAUUGAUCUUGUGAGGAUGAAAGCUAUCGUUUGGUCCGGUGAAGAAUUGGGUGCCAAGUUUUCAUAUGAGGAUAUUCCUUCCGAUCUUCAAGAUUUAGCAGAAGAAUAUCGGGCGCUAAUGAUUGAGACGAUUGUCGAAUUGGAUGACGAGGUUAUGGAGGGGUAUCUUGAAGGGGUUGAGCCAGAUGAGGAAACCGUUAAGAAGUUAAUCCGGAAAGGAACCAUCGGAGGUAGUUUUGUGCCGGUUUUAUGUGGCUCGGCUUUUAAGAACAAAGGGGUUCAACCGUUGCUUGAUGCUGUUGUCGACUAUUUACCCUCUCCGCUUGACGUCCCACCUAUGAAGGGUACUGAUCCGGAGAAUCCAGAAAUCGAAAUCGCAAGGCUCCCGAGUGACGAAGAACCGUUUGCCGGGCUCGCUUUCAAGAUCAUGAACGAUCCUUUUGUAGGAUCGCUUACGUUUGUAAGGAUAUAUGCUGGGAAACUUGCUGCUGGAUCGUAUGUAAUAAAUGCAAACAAAGGAAAGAAAGAAAGAAUCGGGAGAUUACUUGAAAUGCACGCGAAUAGUAGAGAAGACGUUAAAGUGGCGUUGGCUGGUGAUAUUGUUGCUCUUGCAGGGUUGAAAGAUACGAUUACUGGUGAAACAUUAUGUGAUCCCGAGCAUCCGAUUGUGCUCGAGAGGAUGGACUUCCCUGAUCCUGUCAUAAAAGUUGCUAUCGAACCCAAGACCAAAGCAGAUGUGGAUAAGAUGGCAAAUGGUUUAAUCAAGCUUGCUCAAGAAGACCCGUCUUUCCACUUCUCACGUGAUGAAGAAAUUAACCAAACUGUCAUCGAAGGGAUGGGAGAAUUGCAUCUCGAGAUUAUCGUUGAUAGGCUCAAGAGGGAAUUUAAGGUAGAAGCGAAUGUAGGCGCACCACAAGUAAACUACCGCGAAAGCAUUUCUCGAGUAGCAGAAGUGAAGUAUGUCCACAAGAAACAGUCGGGCGGUCAAGGACAGUUUGCCGAUAUAACCGUGAGGUUCGAGCCCUUAGAGGCCGGCAGUGGAUAUGAGUUCAAGAGCGAGAUUAAGGGUGGUGCAGUCCCAAGAGAAUACAUUCCCGGUGUGAUGAAAGGGCUGGAAGAGUCAAUGUGUAACGGAGUGGUUGCGGGAUUCCCCGUUGUUGACCUUCGGGCAGUUUUAACCGAUGGUUCUUACCACGAUGUUGACUCUAGCGUCCUAGCGUUCCAGCUGGCGGCAAGAGGAGCUUUCCGUGAAGGAAUUAGGAAAGCCGCACCCAAGAUUUUGGAACCGAUAAUGAGAGUCGAAGUUAUCACACCUGAAGAUCAUUUGGGAGAUGUAAUUGGUGAUCUUAAUUCCAGAAGAGGACAGAUUAAUAGCUUUGGUGAUAAACCCGGUGGACUCAAGGUGGUGGACUCCCUCGUGCCGCUAGCGGAAAUGUUCCAAUACGUGAGUACGCUAAGGGGAAUGACGAAAGGUCGAGCAUCGUACACGAUGCAACUAGCGAAAUUCGAUGUCGUACCUCAACACAUCCAGAACCAGCUUUCCGCUGCUAAAGAAGAAGCAGUGACAGCUUAAUUCAUCCAUAGCUUCGUUCUUGUGGGUAAUGUAAUUCUUGAUUGGAUAUAGGGAAUUUUUCAUCAAAAUUUUAUACAUGUUUUAAUUAAUAAUCCAUUCAUAAUUUUGUGCCCAUAUUGCUCA